AUGGCUAUUAGAUAUUCUAUUCUAUUUCUAACACUUAUUCUAUACACAAUCAAUGGAAGUUUAACAACAUUUGACAAUAAAACAAAGAAAGUUAUGCUUUCAUCAACACAAAAUACAACAUCAAAACCGAAAAAAUUUCUUAAAUAUGCUAAUGAUGAUAAAUUAUCCGGAAUUCAAUAUAUGUCUGAAGUUGGUUCACGUUGUGCCGAAGAUGGAUUUUAUGCUGAUCGUGAUGAUUGUCGUAAAUUUCAUGUUUGUUAUGGUGGUACACAAUCAGUUCGUUGGUGUAAAGAUGGAAUGCUUUGGGAUGAAACUAAAAUUGGUUGUAGUUUACAAAGUAUUACACCAUGUGUUGGUAGUCGAAAAAAAUGGGGUUAUGAUGAAGUAACAACAACAAUGUCAACAACAACAACAACAAAUUCUCAAUUGAAUAAAGGUAAUUAUACAUGUCGACCGGGUGCAACAGGAUUUUUUGCUGAUCCAAGUUCAUGUUCAAUAUACCAUUGGUGUGUUUUGGGAGUACUUCAAUCAACACAUCGUUGUAAUGCGGGAUUACAUUUUUCACCAAGUUCUAAUGGAUGUUUAUGGCCAAAAGAUGCCGAAUGUGAAGGACAAAUUGCACCACCAUAUUCGCCAAUUGAAUGUACAUCAGGUAGUUCAGGUUAUUUUCCUGAUCCUUACGAUUGUUCGGUUUUUCAUUAUUGUGAUGGAGUGAAACCUCAAAGUGAUUCAUUACUUUGUUCAUCUGGUCUUAUUUGGAGUUCACGUUUGGAAAGUUGUGCUUGGCCUCAUGAAGUAACUGAAUGUCAAAAUUCAUGUCCACCAAAUUAUUCAAGUCAAAUGCGUUUUGCUGAUCCAGUUGUUUGUUCACAAUAUAUUCAAUGUGUUGAUGGUCAUUUAGAACAGCGAACAUGUUCAAAUAAACUUUUAUUUGAUCGUAUUACAAAAACAUGUAAACCAUAUGAACAAGCUGAAUGUCAUGGUGCUAAACCUGAACUUCCAUUAGUAACAUCAACAACAACUAUUGCACCAACUACAACUGCGGAUACUAUAUCAACUAAUCCAGGUUCAGCAGAAAUAAUUAAAAGACAACGUUCAACUCGAUUUAUUUGUGUUGCUGAUGGUUAUUUCGGUGACGUUAACGAUUGUCGCAUUUAUCAUGUAUGUGUCGAUGGACGUGAUUAUCGAUCAAUGUGUGCACCAGGUCUUGCAUGGGAGUCUUUAUUACGUUUAUGUAUGUCAGCUCAUCUUGUUGGUUGUCAAAGUUCAAAAUCAUUUGAGCCACUUUCAGGAUCGUCAAAUAAAAAAUGGCUUCAAUUAUAUACCCGCCCUUUUAUUAAAACAUCGACAACGACAACAACCACGACAACAACAACAUCAACAACACCAUCAUUACCAUUUGGAUUACCGUCGAUGUUUACAUGUGCUGGCCGUCCAAAUGGUUACUAUCCAGAUCCAGUACAUUGUCAUAAAUUUCAUUAUUGUGCAACAGGUUGGCAUAGUGUAAUGGAAUGCGAUAACGGUUUGGCAUACUCAACUCGAGAUAAUGAUUGUGUACCUGUUGACUUUGCUGAUUGUGGAAAGAAUAGUCUUGCUGCUUGUUCUGUGGUUGGUUUAGCAGCUUAUGUUGGCUAUAAAGCAGCUGGACCCAAUCAGACUUAUGCUCUUCAUAAUCGCCACCCGGAAUCAAAUGAUCAGAUUGAAAAAGUACUUGAAUCAUUACGUCUUGAUGAUGAUAAACUUCGUCAAAUAAUGCAAUUACUUGAACAAGAAAUGGAUGCAGGACUUUCCCCAGCAACUCAUAAAAGUGCGGAUGUUAAAAUGUUUCCUACUUAUGUUCGAAAUAUUGCUGACGGUACAGAAACAGGACAAGUUCUUGCAUUGGACUUAGGUGGAACCAAUUUUCGUGUUUUACUUGUCACUUUAUUACCACAAUCGCGAGUUGAUUUAACCUCAAAAAUAUUCGUUAUACCACAAUCAAUUAUGCUUGGUCCUGGUGUUAAUCUUUUUCGUCAUCUUGCUGAUUGUCUUUUGGAUUUUAUGAGAAAAGAAAAUCUUGUUAAAUCAGGUAUUCGUUAUCCAUUAGGAUUUACAUUUUCAUUUCCGUGUAAGCAAGAAGGUCUUGCAUCAGCACGAUUAACAUCUUGGACAAAAGGUUUUACAUGUUCCGGUGUGGUCAAUGAAGAUGUUGUUAAAAUGUUACAGACAGCAAUCGACGAAAAAAAUAUUAAUGUCCAAUGUGUCGCUCUUGUUAAUGACACGGUUGGCACCCUAAUGGCAUGCGCAUACAAAGAUCCCAAUACAGCAAUCGGUCUUAUUUUAGGUACCGGCACAAAUGCAUGUUAUAUGGAAAAAUUAGAUCGUGUCGGUACGUGGGAUGGAGAUUAUAAUGAACCAAAACAAGUCAUUAUUAAUAUGGAAUGGGGAGCGUUCGGAAACAAUAAUCGUUUAAAUCAUAUUCGAACAAAAUAUGAUGAAGAAGUUGAUUUAUCAUCAGUCAAUCCUAGCAAACAAAUAUUUGAAAAAAUGGUUAGUGGAAUGUAUAUGGGUGAGAUUGUUCGUUUAAUUAUACUUGAUUUAAUGCAACAAGAUUUAUUAUUUAUUGGUCAGCGUGAUGGUUAUGGUGAUUAUCGUACACCAUUAUUUACACGAGGUGGUUUUUAUACGAAAUUUGUUAGUACUGUCGAAACCGAUGAAGGAAUUGCAUUUGCAAAUACACGACGUGUUCUUGAAGAUAUGGGUAUUAGAAAUCCAACAUUCGAUGAUUGUGCUAUUAUACAACAUAUUUGCAAAAAUGUAUCCAAACGAGCAGCUAAGCUAGCUGGCGCAUGCCUCGCUGUAAUAAUCAAUCGAAUAAAUAAACCAAAUGUAACAGUUGGUGUGGAUGGUUCACUCUAUCGUUAUCAUCCAAGAUUUAAACGAAAUAUGGAAAAAUGUAUGAAAAAUCUCGUCAAUAAAAAUAUCAAAUUUAAAUUAACAUUAUCUGAUGAUGGUAGUGGUAAAGGAGCAGCUUUGAUUGCAAUUGUUGCUGAUCGUUUUCAAAAAAGUCAAUUAAAAUCGAUACCAAGCUUUGAUGACAAUGAUGAUGAAGAAGUUCAUACUCCGAUACAACCACCUCUAUCUAGCCCAAUAACAUUCAAUACUCAAUCUGCCACUAAUACACACAUCAGAACGCUACCUUAA